AACUGGCUGAAAAUAAAAUAAACGUCAUACACAUUCAAAUUUUACGCACACUUGCCAAUCAGCAUAUUUUAUAAGUGAUUUUUGUGUGACAUUGCAAACAUGCAUUCUUGGUUCGUAUUGAUCUUAUUUGGAUGCCUACUAGUGCAGAUUCUCAGCAGACCACAACAGACAGAGUAUAACAAUGAUAGUGAUCUUGAAGAAGCAGAAGAUGAAGAAGAAAAUGAGCCGUCAGGGGACGAGUUCCUUGCUGAUGAUGACGACUCGCGUCUCAUAGAGCAAGAGCCUGCUGUUCAGGAAGACGAGUUGCCGCGGAGUAGACACUUGCUAGACCUCACCGAAAGCAGAUACUUGCAACGGAACUCACCCGAUGACCGUCUUACUCGGACCAAAACCGAUAACCUUUCAGAUUCCAAAUCCAAUAGAAAUCGUGAUACACGAGAGGAGAACACCGGAGGUACACGAUACAACGAUCAGAUGCGGUCUUACCCGAGACGUCGUCAGUCAAACAGAUACAUUGAGGCCAGUGACGAGCAGCAGGAAGCUACACAACAUCUGACCAAUCGUGAUGUCAAGUCUAAUCGUGUCGCUCAAGGACAAGUAGAUAGUCAAGUCAAUAAAAGAACUGUAGAAUUAGACAGUGCAUUAAAUGAAGAAGGUGAUAUGUUGUUUGAAAAGAAUAGAGACCAGAUAAGCAAAGUAGACAGAAAUGAAUAUGGUAAUAAUGACGCUGAAGCCAAUGAACAAUCUCGAUAUUACAAGCAGUACUAUAAUACGAUGCAAGCCGAGAAUAGAGAUCUACUCGAGGAUAAAAGUCAUGAUGGUUCACGUUAUAACUUAAGAGAUAGGCGCGACGUAAAGCAGGCUAACCCAGCUGACACUCCGACCGUGUCUAAUCAAGGAAAUAAGGAAUCCAAUGAAAAAACAGAUAGCGAAGAUGAAGAGUCUGCUAUAAAAAGGCACAUCAAAAAAUUAUCGGGAGACGAAUUAGAUCAGCUUUUGAAUUCUCUGACUGAAGAGAAAAGAGAGCUAUUGAAGAAAAUAAUCGAUGAUGUUGAUGCUGGCGACAAUGGAGCAAUAAACAAAAGAGAAAUUACGAAAAAAGCAGGAGCUGUAGAAGAAAACAAUUUUAUUGAAAACUGCCAAUCUGAUUUGAGUAAAGUUCAAGGAGGUAGUCCAGUAGUAGAUUUAAAUACAGAAGCAGCACCAUCAGCAAACACAGAGACUACAGAGAUCAGUAAGCCACCAGAAGGUCCGACUGAAGGUAAUGAAAUAUCUAGUUCUAAGAGUGCCGAAACAAGUUUAGGUUCUGUUAAUAAAGCAGAACUUACAAACCACAUCGAUGAAGGUGUUCAGAACAAAAAAACUGAUAGCAGUUUAAGUGCGUUUUCGAUAAAUAUUGAUCCCAAAAACCAAGGUGAAAUGGUCGCUAACGUGCAAGUUACAACGAAAACAGAAAGCAAACGAGAAGCUAAUAUUGAUGAUUUGGAAGGUAUGUCAUUCGAGGACUCUAAAAUUGAAAACGAUAUGAGUCUUCAAAAUGGGGCGGACCAUGCUAACGACCAAGGAUACUUUUGCUCCCAAGAUGACAAUUUGUCAAAAUUAUUGGAUGACGACUCUCAGGUUCAUCAAGAAGGUAAACCCUACAAACGAGAUACAUAUUCAGGUAAGCAAUCGGACUUAUCCGAAUCCAUGAAAUCACUGGAAGACUCUUUUCCUAAUUCCAAUGCAUACGAUGAUACGGUGUCUUACUCAGGACCAUUAGUGAGAGUGAAGCGAAAAAAUUCUGACCAAGUUAUUAAGAAGAGAGCUGCUGGUCUUUUACCCGAUGCUAAAGUAGCUUACUUUCCAUACAAAGCAGAAAACGAGGAUGAAGACAACGACGAGGGUAAUGAAUUUGAUGACGAAGGCUUUUAUGAUCGUACUUCUAACUUCGCAAACAACAACAGGGCGUUAGAGGAGGAUGCUGCUAGCGCCGAAAAUUCUGCUCAACCUAAAAACUCUAAUGUUGACAACUCAAAGCCACAACAUGAAAAUCUUGAGAGUGACACAAUGAGUCUUGGAUCAGACACUGACAGCGUGUUGUCUGGCGUAGAAGGUGUCGAUGAUAAUCUUAUGUACAGCGGUGGUACCAGGAACAGACGCACUGCUGACGAUAACCCUAGUGACACAGCAGAUGUUAAAUCUGAGCGAUCGCCGUCAUUAGUUGAAAAUGAAAAGUCGGCUUCAGAAAACUACUUCAAUGCCCCGCAUUAUCAAGAAAAUGACGCAUUUGGACCUCUCCCGCGAAACUAUGACGGAGAUUUAGGCAGAUAUAAAAGAAUAAGACGGGUGAAACAGUCGCACAAUUCUCAAGAACCCGCUCCUUCUGAUGCUUAGCAAAGGUGAUGAUGAUGAUUAUGAUGAUGAUCACAUAAUUUUUAAGUAUUUUAAAUUAUGUUUGCAUUAAAAUACAUUAGUUUGUACUUAACUUUAAUUUACAUUAUUUUGAAUUUGUUUAUAAGUAUUCAAAUAAAAGGUUAUUUAAAAUUAGUUUUUUUAUUCAGACUUUACUCGAAAUUAGACAUACCAUACAUCAUGAUUUCUGUAAUUAUUAGUUACAGUAGUGCAAUAUGAUAUGUUUGAGAUUGAUCCUAUCCCUUAUUUUUAUACUUAAACUGGUUUGUAACUAAUUUUAAAUAACCCUGUAUUAUUUGUAGGUAUUGUUAUGUAAACAUUUAUAAAUAAACAAUCAAAACAUGAUAACAUCGCGCU